UUAAUUUUUUUAAUAUGAGUCAAGCACCAUAGGCAGGACAAUAACAAGCACAGAAGUCAAAUACAUUCAACAAAUCGGAAAAAACAAAGGACAUUCGAUUGACUAAUAUCCAAGCAGCCAAAGGUAUCGUAAAUGAAGAGUAAUGAUUAGCUGUGUCAGAUGCAGUCAGAACAAGCUUGGGACCAAGAGGAAUGGAUAAGAUGAUUUAAGACGCCAAGGGUUAAGUCUUGAUUACAAAUGAUGGUGCUACCAUCUUAAAACAAAUGGAUUUGGUUCACCCUACAGCUAAGAUGGUAUCAAUUAAUAAUUAAUUAUUCAAAGUUGGUAGAGAUUUCAAAUGCCCAAGAUGUUGAAGCAGGUGAUGGCACAACUUCAGUUGUAGUUUUUGCAGGUGCUUUAUUGAAAUCAUGCGAGGUGCUAUUGGAGAAGGGAAUCCAUCCAACAACAAUUUCGGAGGGAUUUUAAUUUGCAUUGGAAUAUGCUCUUACAGCAUUGGAGGAAUUGAAAAAGCCAGUAGAUUUAGAGAAUAAAUAAUAAUUAAUUGAGUGUGUCUAAACAGCACUUUCAUCAAAAGUUGUUUCAUCAAACAGUGCUUAAUUGGCUCCAUUGGCAGUAGAUGCUGUCUUAAGAAUUGUCGAUCCUGAAAAGCCAAAUAAUGUUGAUUUGAAAGAUAUCAAGAUAGUGAAGAAAUUAGGAGGAACAAUAGAUGACACAGAGUUAGUUGAAGGCAUAGUCUUUUCAAAUUAGAAGGCAAGUUAAGCUGCAGGAGGUCCAUAAUAAGUUAAGAAUGCCAAAGUUGCUUUAUUGUAAUUCUGUCUAUCUGCUCCCAAGACUGAUGUCGAAAACUCUAUAGCCAUUAAGGAUUACACUGAAAUGGACAAAAUCUUAAAGGAGNGAAAGUAAAAGUGAACAAAAAGGCACCAGUGAGGUAUAUUGAAAUAUAUGAGGAAGAUUGUGGGUUAAGGCUGUAUUUACAGGUUUUAGAAGAUCUAAAGUUCAAUAAAAUGAAAAUCAAGCUUUAUUAAAAAUCUAACAUGUUGAUGAUGUGUCAUCAAGCAGAUUCUAUUGGGGCAAGAGAGUUGCCUAUAUAUAUAAGGCCCACUCUCUUAAGAACAAUACAAAAUUUAGAGUAAUGAAUUUGAGUUAAUAUGAAGACUAUUUGGGGUAGAGUGAGUAGAUCACAUGGAUCAAAUGGAAUAGUGAUUGCUAGAUUCAAUAAAAAUCUUCCACCAAGAGCAAUAGGAUCAACUUUGAGAGUAUUCUUGUAUCCAAACAGGGCUUGAGUUAUAUAAAAAGAGAAUAUAUAUAAAUGUAUAUUAAUUUCCA